AUGUCUACCGCGACCAAGUCCCUCGAGCGAGUUGCCAUCAUCGGCGCCUCCGGCCGCAUCGGCGGCGCCUUCGCCAAAUCGCUGCUCGCCACGGGCCAGCACACCGUAACCGCGCUCACCCGCGCUGGCAGCAACAGCACGCUCCCGGAAGGCGUGACCAAGAUCGCGGUCAAUUAUGACGACGAAGCGUCCCUCCUCGCCGCCCUGCAGGGCCAGCAGUUCCUCGCCAUCACGCUAGGCGUGGACGCGCCGCCCGACCUGCACGGCCGCAUCGCGGCGGCGGCGGGCAAGGCCGGCGUGCCCUACGUCAUGCCCAACGCGUACGGGUUCCCGCCCGCGAGCAACCCUACCCCGGAUGAUAUCUACGCCAAGUUUGCGCUGCAGCGCGUCGCGGACGUGACGGGGAAUGGGGUGUCUGCGGCGCUGACCAUGUCGUGCGGGUUUUGGUAUGAGUGGAGUUUGGCGUUGGGGAACGAGUGGUUUGGGUUUGAGAUCCGCGAGCGCAAGGUGACGUUUUUUGAUGAUGGGCUGAGGACCAUCACGGUAAGCACGUGGGACCAGUGCGGGCGCGCGCUGGCGGCGUUGCUGAGCCUGCCGGAGACGGGCGCGUCGCCGUCGUUGGCGGAUUUUAAGAAUGGGCAGGUGCUGGUGCACAGCUUCCGCGUGUCGCAGCGGGAUAUGCUGGAUAGCCUGCACCGGGUGCUGGGGACGACGGACGCGGACUGGGAGAUCUCGUACGAGCCUGUUGCGAAGCGGGUGAAGGAGGGCGCGGCGGAGCUGAAGCAGGGGAACCGGCGCGGGUUUGCCAAGACGCUGUAUGGCGGCAUCUUUGAUGCUGCCAACGACUCGAGCGACUUCGCGGGGACGAGCAAGACGGCGACCGAGACGCUGGGGCUGCCGAAGGAGGACCUGGACGAGGCGACCAAGCGGGCCGUGGACAUGGUUAUGAACGAGUGGAAGCCGUUUGAGGAUAUGUAG